AUGGCUUGUUCUUGGUGGCGCGCGCCAGUGUACUUCACUGUCUCGGUUCUUCUAGCUUUCCUCGCCAUCUCCACCGCCCUACGUUCACUACCCAGAGACGAAUCCCUGCCGACCAAAUCCGCCGUCGCCCCACUCCUUUUGGACGCCUCCACCGCUCUAAGAAAAUCGGGUUUCAACAUCAUAGCCACCCUCCUCCAAAUCACACCCGAAAUCUUCAUCUCCUCACCUCAUUCCACCAUCUUCGCCAUCCCGGACUCUUCCAUAGCCAACGCUUCCCACGCUUCUUGGCUCUUGAAGCAUCUUUUUCAGUACCACGCCUCUCCUCUUCAGCUUCCAAUGAAAGAACUCUUGAAGAAGCACAAAGGCAGUUGCUUCCCCACAUUGUUCCACGGCAAGAACGUGGCUUUAACAAAGGUUGACGAUAAACAAAGAAUCGUCGAGAUCAAUCGUGUCUUGGUUUCGCAUCCCGAUAUCUUUCUCGAUGGCCCUUUGACGAUUCAUGGCGUUCUUGGUCCAUUUACCUCGAUGGAUCCUCGGUAUGUUAACCAGGGCUGGGAUCAUAUUCAAGCCCCGAUUUGCGAUUCUAAUCUUAGCUUAGUUUCGGAAGUUGUCGUUGUCGACGCCAAGAACGUCGUGGAAUGGACGAAUGUUAUCCGUUUGUUAAGCUCGAAGGGAUUCGUUUCGUUCGCGAUCGGGCUGAACUCGGUUCUUGACGGGAUUCUUUACGACAAAGUGAAGUUGAACUCUGUUACCGUCUUUGCUCCGCCGGAGUUUUCGUUUGUGGCGUCUGCUUCGGCUUUGCUCGAGAAAAUAGUUCGAUUACAUAUAGUGCCUCGGAAGCUCACCUACAUGGAACUUGCUUCUUUACCGGCGAAUGCAUCGCUGAGUACUUUAGUUCCCGGUCAUCUUCUCCGGGUAUCCGAGGGCGUGAAAAAUAAACGAGAUUUGAUGAUCAACGAAGUUAAGAUCGUUGCACCGAAUCUCUUGGAAUCCAAGAAGUUUGUAAUCCAUGGAAUAUCACAAGCUUUUGAAUUGGACGAGCUUCCUAAUAUCUCCAGAUGAAUGAGUUUCCCUUAGCAGCCUGUAUGUUUCUCUUUGAUAUUGUAGUCUAUUGUGUGUCAACUAUGGAGGAUUUU